UGUAUAAGGUCAUUUUAAUUUUCCGGACUUAAAUUCUGUGACGCAGUUCCUGUUUCAGAGAACGAAAAUGGCGUCUGACACAGAGGUUGAUGUUGCCAACAAUGAAGAGGAAAUCUCUGAGGCUCCAGCGGCUCAGAAGAGAGAAGAUAGGCUGAGAAAGUUCAGAGAGCUUCAUUUAAAGAGGAAUGAGGCCCGGAAGCUGAAUCAUCAGGAGGUGGUGGAGGAGGACAAAAGACUGAAGCUGCCGUCCAAUUGGGAGGCCAAGAAAGCUCGUCUGGAGUAUGAGCUCCUGGUGGACCAAAAGAAGAAGGAAUGUGCAGAACGUGGUGAGGACUAUGACCGCGUGAAGCUCCUGGAGAUCAGCGCUGAAGAUGCUGAGAGAUGGGAUAGGAAGAAAAGGAAGAAGAAGAACCCUGAUCCAGGAUUUUCAGGGUAUGCCGAAGCUCAGCUGAGACAGUACCAGAGACUGACAAAGCAGAUCAAGCCUGAUAUGGAGAACUAUGAGAAACAGAGAGAAGAGUGUGGUGAAGAUUUCCACCCAACCACCAACAGUCUGAUUCAUGGGACUCAUGUCCCUUCAAAAGAUAGCAUCAAUCGCAUGGUGGAGGACGUUGAGAAACAGAUUGAAAAGCGUGCCAAGUACAGUCGUCGCAGGGCCUACAAUGAUGAUGCUGACAUCGAUUAUAUCAACGAGAGGAACGCCAAGUUCAACAAGAAGGCCGAACGGUUUUAUGGCAAAUACACUGCGGAGAUCAAGCAGAACCUGGAGAGAGGAACUGCCGUGUAACCGUAGAGACUGUUACUAUGGAUGACACUUCUCCAUCAGACGAGUGACCGUAAUAUUUUUAGCUUUAUGUAAAAAUGCUUCUUUAUAGAUAUUUCUCUUUUUUGUGGUGGUGAUAUAAAACCAACCACUUUGAAGAGGUGUACAUCUUUGUGCCCACUUUGACCGUUUUAAUGUUGGUGAAAUAAUUUUACCUGGAGUGGUAAGGUGGACAUCUUUCUGUGUUUUUGCUUUUGGAUGUGUGGAUUCAUUUUGAUUUAAGUUGAAUAAAAACAUUUUCAAACAAAUAAUUCUGUAAGUUUAUAACAUGAUAAUGCAGACGAUAUACUAAACAUUUAAGGGCAGUUUCCCAGGCAUGGUUUAGAUUAAUCCAGUUAAAUUAGAGCAUUUAAAGGGAUAGUUUACCUAAAAAUUAAAUUUGUCAUAGUUUUUUAUACUCAGAUGUUGUUGAAAAACAUGUAUAAAUUUCUUUGUUCUGAUGAACACGAUAUUUUCAGAUAUGUUUGUAACCAAACCGUUCAUGAGCCCCAUUCACUUCCAUAGUAGGAAAAACGAAUACUAUAAACGUCAAUGGGGCUUCUGAUUGGUUUGGUUACAAACAUUCCUCAAAAUAUCUUCGUGUUCAUCGAAGUUGUAACAACAUGAGAGUGAGUAAAUGGUGAUAAACUUUUCUUUUUUUGCGGAACUUUCCCUUUAAGUACUUUUUACAAACAUACUUUACAAAAAAUUUUACUGGUGUGCAUCUUCAGACAAACAAUGGCACUGAUAUAUUUAAAGAUUUGUCAGCACAGGCUGUUUUCAGUUUUUGAGACCGCUCUAACAAGCAUUUUAGUUUUGGACUACAGUUGAGCCCUUUCUGGGAAACCACCCCUUAACGUUUGGAUUUUCUGCACAGCUGCAAAAUUGAUCAACCUGUACAAGUACCAAUGGUUUGGCUUGUUGUAAGUUUUCUCAGGUAAAAAUAAAGUAUACUAGAAUGUACUAAAAAUACACUAGCAUACCAGCAAGUACAUUUUUAAUACAUUGAUAUUUUUGUUUAAUAAUAGUGUAAAAGUUGAACACUACAUAUAUAUGAAUUAAAAGUAUAGUUCAUUAGUGCACUUGAAAGUAUACUAUACCAGUUACACUUUAUUUUUAGUGUAUUGAAAUAGCACCAUUUAAAUCUUCUCAAGUUUAUCUUAAGAAUCACUAAAGACUAAUUAUUAGAUAUUAAGUACAUAAUUAAUGCAUGAAGAUGGUACAUUUACUACAUAUACUUUAAUGCAUUUUAUUCAUCUAGGUAGUUUGAAGAAGUUUUACACAAAUCUUUGCACAGAUUUACACUGUUAACCCAGAUAUAGUCUUUACUUAAACAAUGACGUUAAAAUCAUUUAAUAUUUUGAGUUUUGGAUAUAUACUUAAAAAAAUCUUAGUUCAUGUAACUUACCUAUAAAAUUAAUUCAAAUGAAAUGAACUUAAAAUUGUCAGAACAUAUUAUAAGGAAUACCCAUAAUCCUUUGUGCCUGAAAUAUUUGUUAAUAAAAUGUCAUAGAGGUUUAAGUUAUUAUAUUUAUAAUGUUGUUUUGUUGUGAAUGAUAAUUUUGUAAAGUCACUGUUCAGGUGAUCAGUAGUUUCCGUUCAUGAACCCUGUUCAGCACAUUUUAUUGAAUUUCUCCCCACAGUACUGACAAUGCAUGUCAACAAUGUAGUUUUGUGUGCAUUUUUGUGAAGAAUCAAUUUUAUUCAAUGAAUAAGUUAGAGUCAUUCAUGAAUUUUGUGUUAUAAAACAAUUUAAGUGAUAUAAUUAUAAAUUAAUUAAAAAUAGAAAAUCUUUGAACUUCAUUAAAUAAGUGGAAAUGUUGUACAAAGCAAUUGAAAGGCCUAUUACAAAUUAAUUCAAGUUAAAUCAAUUUAAUUUUAAUCAAUUAAUUUAAUGUACUUGCUAAAUUAUAUUGAAAUUACUAGAAAAUUUAAGUUAAAUGUACUCUUGUUUUAGUUCGCAUUACUUAA